AUGACGUCGCUCUCCGCAGAAACCUCGCUCUCCGCGCAGGCCAUCUUCUAUCUGCUGCGGCUGAGUUGUGGAGAUGCGGAUGUGUUCUGGAAGUAUCGGAAUCGGCUGCUGGCGCAGCCGAGUGCCGCGGGGAAUCGCGGGAAUGUGCGGGUGGAUUUGGGGCUGAUUCGCGAUCAUAUUACGCACAGCGCGGGGAGCAAUGAUGUGUGUUUUGAGCUGGGGAGGUUGUAUAUGGGGAUUGGAGACUAUCAGACGGCGUUGGAGCUGUUUGAAGAGAGUAAUGAUAUGGUGAGUCAGCAUCACGUAACGUGGUUUAAUAUGGGUGUGUGUGCGUAUUUCUUGGAGGAUUUGGACAGUGCGAAACGGUAUUUCUCAAAGUCGCUCCAGCUCAAAUCGACGUUCGAGGAAUCAAAGCGAUGGCUGCAGUUGCUGACAGAGGGAAAUCUGGAGGCGUUGCGUGUGUUGGCAGAAUCGAUGCAACGCUCUUUGAAAAAAUUGUGUAAAAAAGUGUGUUACGUUAGUAUUUUAAAAGGCAUAUCAGGAUGUUGUGCAGUCACCACUAUAUUCUAA